AUGGAUAUGAAUUCCAUGGUUUUUGCAAGUAUUGUGUUCUUGCUGUCGCUGGCAAUAUGUAUAUCACCAAGAGCAAUAUCUGCUGGAUCAUUUAAGAAGGUAUUUCCGUUUUUGACGCUUUUAACUGCAGGGUUUAUGCUUGGAGUCCAACUGCUUGAGUUGAGUCCUCAUAUGGCAUCUGGCUGUGAUGGACAUGUACAUGAACAUAAGGAGCAUGAUGAAGCUAGCAAUGAUUUGCAUAAUGACAACCAAAGUGCUCUUGCAUUUUUCACAGCUGGACUUUCAUUUAUACUUCUACUGGCCAUUGAUUCAAUUGUUUUGAAGCAUGACCAUUGCGAAGGCAGUGAGAUUGCACAUUCACACGAAUGCCAUGAUGCUGGGCAUGCUCGUUCUGAAGACAUAAGUAAAGCUUCUGGGGAAAAUAAAUGCAAUGAGUCAUUAAACAAAGAAGAAAAGAAAGCACAGUCUGAAAGCCUGGGAUGUUGUGAUACAGAUGCCAUAAAGAAUGCAUCUUCGAAGGCACAGGUAUUUAUUUUUAUUCUGGGCAUUUCGAUCCAUUCGUUUUUUGAAGGCCUGGCAUUCAACUCAAUUGAUAGAAUAGGGUCGCUUGAAAUAGGACUGCUGUUCCAUAAGAUGCUUGAAUCUUUUGCACUUGGAGUCCCGCUGUUUACCUCUGGCAUGGGGGUUUUCAGUGGAUUGAUGCUUGCAGUGUUCUACUCAGCACUUACACCGAUUGGAAUUAUGCUUGGAUCAGCACCUGGAUAUUUGAAUCAGCCGAUAAUCAAAAGCGUGUUCCGAGGGCUUGCGCUUGGAAGCAUAAUGUUUAUGGUCUCUAUAGAGAUGAUACCUCCUAUGUUCAACCAUCCGAAGGUUAACCGAGUGCAUGCAUUGCUUGUGCUUCUUUCAGGAUACCUAUUGAGCUCCAUGAUGAUUUAUCAUUCACACUCUCAUUAA